AUGCCGAAAAUAUUCACGGCGACAUGCGGAAAGUCCUUGUUUAAAAUCACCCUUCGGGAUUGUAUCGGGUUCGUUGCAGGUGGGACAUUUCCCGUCGCCAAUCCGGCUUAUUCUGGAACGAAAGAGACCAGUGUAGGCGACAUUGGGUGGGAUUAUAGAGACCAGAAUGGGGUUUCCCUUUUGGGAGGCGACCCAACUGCAGUGUAG